GAUAUUACCGACAAUGAAGGUUCUCUGGCUAUUUAAACAGAGUCUGGGCACCCCUUGGACGCAUUACGUUCAUAGCAAAUGUGCAGACACUCUGAGAGCAAAUUCAACACUACCAAUAGCCGACUAUAGUCAACAUGAAGGUUUUGUGCGUUGUACUUAUCUUGGCCGCCGUGGCUUUCGCCGAAGAACAAAAAGAGGCGCCAUCGAAACGUCAAGCAUUGUACUCAGGAAAUGGACACGCUUUCUUACCGUCUGGACAAUACGGAUCUUACCCUUCGGCUUACUCCUCGUACGGUGCCUACUCAGGAGCACACUCUUCGUACUCUGCCGCCUACCCUGCAGCAUACUCGUCGCACUCCGGCGCAUACCCAGUAGCAUACUCGUCGCACUCCGGCGCUUACCCAGCGGCUCACUCGUCGCACUCCGGCGCUUACCCAGCAGCUUACUCUUCGCAUUUCACCGCUUACCCAGCGGCUCACUCGUUACACUCCGGUGCCUAUCCAGUGGCGUACUCGUCGCACUCCGGUGCCUACCCAGCGGCGUACUCUUCGUACUCCGGUGCCUACCCAGCAGCCCACUCGUUAUACUCCGGGGCCUAUCCAGUGGCGUACUCGUCGCACUCCGGUGCCUACCCAGCGGCGUACUCUUCGCACUCCGGUGCCUACCCAGCGGCGUACUCUUCGCAUUCCGGUGCCUACCCAGCGUCUUACAGUGGAGUUUACUAAUCACCAGAAUUCCUUGGUUCACAGAAUGUUGUCUACAAGAAAUAAUUUUUAAGAAACACUCGGGUUUAAUAAUAAAUACACGUAUAAAUUUAUAUUUCAUUAUAGAUUAAUGUAUGUAUACUAUAAGCUAAGAUAAAUCAAAUUAACCGUUUCAAUUUUGAAUAAAUACCUACCAUUACUUUUCUAUAA